UGGACGUUCUAGAAAAUUCGGGUUCAGUGAGAAAUUCUAUUAGGUCGAUUACACACCAGUGUAAAACCGGCGUUCUUUGCGAUUGACUUGCGAUUGACUGAUUAAUUUGUCAGCCUAGUGAAUAUCUUUUUCUGACUGAAACAACGUGUUUUGUGCGAUUGAAGUUAUAUUGCUCAGACGGUUUAUAAGCGCCGAAAAAUUGUGUUUUUUACACUAGAAUGGCCGCAAUGUCCGUAAUUGGUAUCGAUUUCGGUAAUGAAUCUUGCUAUAUUGCUGUUGCUAAAGCAGGUGGCAUAGAAACAAUAGCUAACGAUUACAGUCUUCGAGGUACUCCAGCAUGUGUUGCAUUUUCACAAAAGAAUCGUAUACUGGGAGUUGCUGCAAAAAAUCAGAUGGUCACGAAUAUGAAAAACACCGUUUUUGGCUUCAAAAGGUUGUUAGGAAGAAAAUUUUCUGAUCCACAUGUUCAAAAAGAAUUAAAACACCUUCCAUUCAAGGUUGAGCAAAGGCCCGAUGGAGGAAUUGGUAUUAGGGUUAACUAUCUCGGAGAAGAUAAUGUUUUUAGCCCUGAACAGAUAACAGCAAUGCUGUUAACAAAGUUAAAAGAUAUUGCCGCUACAGCUUUACAGACACAAAUCAAUGACUGUGUGGUGUCUGUUCCAAGUUAUUUUACAAAUGCAGAAAGAAAUGCACUCUUAGAUGCUGCUGCCAUAGCAGGAUUAAAUGUUCUUCGUCUAAUGAAUGAAACAACUGCCACUGCUUUAGCUUAUGGUAUCUACAAACAAGAUCUACCUGCUACAGAGGAAAAGCCUCGGAAUGUCGUCUUUGUUGAUUUUGGUCAUGGUUCACUUCAGGUUUCCGCAUGUGCAUUUAAUAAGGGAAAAUUACGGGUGCUGGCCACUUCCACUGACCCCUUCUGUGGCGGGAGAGAUAUUGAUUUUGCCCUGGCCGAACACUUCUGUCAAGACAUCCAGGCUAGAUAUAAAUUAGAUGCUAAAAAGAAUCAACGAGCUUUUCUUCGUCUGCUACAAGAAGUUGAAAAACUGAAGAAGCAGAUGUCUGCAAACAGUACGAAGCUGCCUCUGAACAUUGAGUGCUUUAUGGAGGACCGUGACGUAUCAGGAGACAUGCAGAGGUCGCAGAUGGAACAGAUUUGCAGUGAUACCUUUUCCAGAGUUGAAAAAACUUUAAAAGCUAUUUUACAUAAUGCUAAACUGAGACCCGAAGAUAUAAGUGCAGUUGAAAUUGUGGGUGGUUCUACUAGGAUUCCAAUGGUGAAGACACUUAUCGAACAAGUGUUUGGCAAAACUGCUUCAACCACACUUAACCAGGACGAGGCGGUGUCGCGUGGCUGCGCGUUGCAGUGCGCUAUGUUAAGCCCGGCGGUGCGUGUUCGUGAGUUUAGCGUGGUGGACGUGCAGCCCUACCCCGUGCGCCUCGCCUGGGACGCCGCACGUGGCGAGGACGGUGAUAUGGAGGUGUUCCCAGCUUUCCAUGCUGCACCAUUCUCGAAAAUGCUUACUUUCUACAGAAAAGAACCAUUCACUGUCAGUGCUUAUUAUUCUGAUCAAAUUCCGUACCCGGACAACUUCAUUGGUCAGUGGAACAUCAAAGACGUACAACCUACCGCUGAGGGCGAGUCCCAGAAAGUGAAACUGAAAGUGCGCGUCAACAUUCACGGCAUAAUCACCGUCGCGUCCGCUUCUCUAGUUGAGAAGAAACAGGAUUCCACUCAAAACGAGAACGUAGAAAUGGAGAACACCAACGAAAAUGCCCAAAAUCAGGACGCCCCAAUGGAGACCAACGGUGGUUCUCAGGAACCGAACGGUCCUGAAAACCAAGAGGUGAGAGAAGACGAAGGGGAUGGUCAACAAAAACAAUCGUGGACACAGAGAGUAGGCCAGUGGUUCAGCGGGGAUAAGUCCAAGGACAAGUCUAAAAAGGUUUUGGUGAAAACUAUUGAGCUGCCUAUUGAUGCGAAAACUCAUGGAUUCUCGCAGCAUGAACUUAAUGGAUACAUGGAGCAAGAGGGCAAAAUGCAAGCCCAAGAUCGUCAGGAGAAGGAGCGCGCGGACGCUCGUAACGCUCUCGAAGAGUAUGUGUACGAGCUGCGGGGGAAGCUGUCCGAAGGUGAAAUGUUGCAUGACUUUGUUGCUGAGGACCAGCGGAACAAACUUGUCAACCAUCUGGAUGGCUUGGAACAGUGGCUCUACGACGAGGGUGAAGAUCAAAAUAGACAGAUUUACUGUGAUAAACUAGCUGAAUUGAGGACAGAGGGAGAACCAAUCAAACAGCGCCGUCUGGAAUUUGAACUGCGUCCUGGUGCACUAGACGAAUUCUCACUUACUAUCCAAUUGUGUAAUAAGGCUGUAGAUCAGUAUAAAUCCGGCGACGCAAAGUACAGCCAUCUCACCGAGGCGGACAUCCGUGCUGUGUGCGACGCGGCUUCAUCGGCGCUAAGCUGGCUGGAGAGCGCGCGGCAGGCGCUCGCGCACGCGCCCCUACACCUGCCCCCACCGCACACCGCGCAACAGCUGCGCCAGGAGAGACAGAACUUCGAGAACAUUGUGAACCCGAUCCUCAACAAACCCAAGCCCAAGGAGAAGACGCCGCCGCCCGCCCCCGCCCCCGCGCCCGCGCCCGCCGACGGACAGCCGCCCGCCGACCAGAUGGAUGUGGAGUGAACACUACAGUAACAUCCACACACACACACGCCCAUACUGCUGAUACAUACUAAAUUCUGCACCGGGCAACAACGGUCACCUAACGGAAAAUUGUGAUAAGCACACUACGAAAUUUUUGUCAACCACGUAUUUUUUGUGAUUGUACUGAAUUAUAGGCUGGAUUUGAUUGAAUUUUUAUUGAAACAGGCCACAUCAUCAAUCGAGAAAUUUUUUUAUUGUAUUAAUUUUAAGUAUGGUCCACUAAUAUCCAUUCAUAUAAAUUCAUUUGAUAAUAUGGUAUUUAAGAUCGGUGCUUUAGGAUCUAGGUGGUGACUCUAAUGAAGCCCAAUUUAAGAAAAACUUGAAAAUAACGUAAAAGUUUGUUCUCGGAUUAUAAUUUUUUAAAUCUCGUUAAGUUGUACUUAAUACAUACGAGUAUUUUGUAUUCAAGCUACACUGAUGUUGUCGAAAUAAUCCGCAUUUAAAUACUUUCACCCAUAGUAUUAUUUAGUGAAUUGGGUAGAUAGCAUGUUACAAUACAGCUAUAAUAGAUUACAUAUUAUAUGCUUACUGGUGGUUUGCCGGCUACAACUCAAUAUUUUUUGUUAAUGGCGAAUAUGCUUUUAUUUUGUUUUGUAAUUUUUAUAGCGUUUUACACACUAUUUUAUAUAUUAUAACGCGCCUUUCUUUUGUACACCGAAUGCAAUGUAGAUAUUAGCGCUCACUUAUUAAAAUUUUAUUACAUAUUUUUUUAUGGUGGCUACAUUUUUAUGGCUCGCAAAAAAUUAAACAAAAUUUUGUUGGAUUGGAAUUUAUUUUCUUUUUGGAGUAUAUCGUGUUAUGUCGUGGUAUUUUAUCGCUAGUGUAUUUAAAUAAUAAAUUAGAAUAAGGAACUGGAAACAAAGUUUUUAAUUAACAAAAUAUAUAGCAAAAGUUUACGAAAGUAGACCGCAUUUAGCCUGUAGACUAAGCCUUAGUUUUACACAAACAUUAUUUUGUUGCAUGUUUAAAAUUAUACUAAAUAAAUUGUAACACUAUAUUAAAUUAUUGAUGAUUUUUAUUAAUACAAAUUAAUGUUCGUGUAAACGACUUAACUCGUGCAAUGAUGUGGCUUCAUAACAACAAUCUCAUCGCGCACUUGUAACCGAUCGCACCUACUAAAGUGUGCAGUUCCUACAAAUUAAUCAUAAUAAUCUGUUAAUCUUUCAUAAUUCACGUUGUGUUUUACUGUCGUUGAUCACUCGUUAAAAAUUUAAUUUAGGAACAUUCCAUUGCAAAUUCGCGAGUGCUAAAUAAAAAGUUAUUGUAGCUGUUUCAACAUUUGCAAGUACCUGUGCUCGAAAGCAUAAUGUUAUACACUAAACGAUCUUAUAGCUUUUUGUGGUAUUGUUUUAUUUAUCAAUUCAUACUGUUUCAACUGUGUUUUAUGGUAUAGCUUUAUACCGAUCGAAUAACGAAUUAAUACCAAUUUCUAUGAUGUCAGCACAUGAAGUUAAUAAUUAGUAGUCUAUAGUACAUAGUACAUGAUACGUCCGUCUCUACAUUCGCGCGGAACACUACUAUUAUUAAAUUCUAUGGUUAAACCAUUUUAAUUUUAGAUGUGCAUUCGUGAUGUUAAAGCUUAGUAAAAAUUAUGAUUUAACUAAUUA